CAAAGGGUGUGUUUUUAGAGCUGUACGUAUAUUUAUUCCGCAUCACACACUGCAGACAAUGGUAAAGGGACCUGAUGAGUACGAAAUGAUUAGACAGACAUCGAUCAAGUCCUUUAAGAAGCGUUGAAGAGAUUGCAUAAUACUACAACACAAGACAGCAACGUCAUUCGUAGUUUAAGCGACUUUUCUUGCCCUAUGUGUCGGGACAGGACAGCAUGACUUGAUGUUAUCUGAAGAACAAGCCUGAUCGGAACAUUCGGAGUGUUUCAAAGUUGUCAUUGAAUGUCCUUUUUCCUGCAGUGUUUCUGAGCGGCUGCUGAGGAGAUGAUGAUGAUGAUGAUGGAGGAAGGAAAUGCACAUCAGCCAAUUUUACCUUUCAAACACAGUGCAGUGCCUUGAGGGAAUCUUUUAACACGAAUAUCUUUAAUUGCAUGAGUUUUCCUGUUUGUUUCCGACAUAAGGAGGGUCACAGACUUGACAGUCUAAAGUGUGCACACCUGCCUGAUUUAUAUUUCAGUUUAAUUCAAAUGUGCUUCAUUGACGUGAUGAUAAAAGCAUUUGAAAGGACUGCAAAGAGUGAGACUUGAGCAGAAGGGGACAAAUGUUAAAGGAAGUGAAAAUGAAUGAUAAGCAAACAUAAAAAGAUUUCAAUUGCGUUUAUUUCCUGGUUUAUCGUGCCUAGACAAUCUUACCUGGACAGGGUGUGCUGCUCGGUUGAAGUGCUUUAUCAUGCAUAGCAAAAGCCAGGAAGUAGGAAGCCAAAGAGCCUGUCUGAUUUCUGACCAUUCGAAGUUGCAAAAUGAUGCACGAAUUAUCUAGUAAGUUAGAUGCAGUCUUAAUUUAAGAGGCACCGGCAGUCUUAUAUUGUGUUAUUAGUUAAAUAUAGUGUAUUAGAGGGGCUGAUUCCUCUUUAGCACAACCUUUAUGGAGCUCAAGAUGUUCAUCGUGGUCUUGGUGCUCUUGGUUGGCACCCUGAUGCCCCUUGGAGCGACCGCCAGCUCUCCGGAGAUGGGCACCGGCCACGUGAGACCCCAGAACGACCAAGGUCAUGGACAUUCGGAUCACGGAGGCACGGCCACUAACUACACCAAGAAGCCUUUCCCAGUUCUGUCUUUUGAUUAUGAACACGUCCGUCUCCCUUUUGAGAUAUCAUUAUGGGUGCUGCUGGCUUUCUUGAUGAAAUUGGGGUUCCAUUUGAUUCCACAAAUGCCCAGUAUUGUGCCGGAGAGCUGUCUGCUCAUCGUGGUGGGUCUGUUGAUCGGCGGUCUUAUGAAGUUACUGGGUGAUGUCUCAAUAGUGCUCGAAUCCAAGAUCUUUUUCUUCUAUCUGUUGCCACCCAUCAUUCUGGACGCUGGCUACUUCCUGCCCAUACGGGCCUUCACGGAGAACCUGGGCACCAUCCUCAUGUUCGCAGUGGUGGGAACGCUGUGGAAUACCUUUUUCAUUGGUGGUUUUCUGUACGGGGUGUGCCAGCUCGAAGGUGUUCACCUGGCGCAAGUGGACCUCCUGUCCUGCUUGCUGUUCGGGUCCAUCGUCUCGGCUGUCGAUCCGGUGGCCGUUCUGGCCGUGUUUGAAGAGAUCCACAUCAACGAAUUGCUCCACAUUCUGGUGUUUGGAGAGUCAUUACUCAAUGACGCUGUCACUGUGGUUCUCUAUCAUCUGUUUGAGGAGUUCAGUAGUGUGGGUACCAUCACUGUCAUUGAUGCAUUACUGGGUAUCGUGUGCUUCCUGGUCGUGUCGUUGGGUGGUAUCGUGGUGGGUGCCAUCUAUGGCAUCCUGGCGGCCUUCACGUCACGGUUCACCUCGCACACUCGCGUCAUCGAGCCUCUGUUUGUCUUCGUCUACAGCUACAUGGCGUACCUUUCCGCAGAGGUGUUCCACCUGUCCGGUAUCAUGGCUCUGAUCGCGUGUGGUGCUGUCAUGCGUCCGUAUGUGGAGGCCAACAUCUCCCACAAGUCCCACACCACCAUCAAGUACUUCUUGAAAAUGUGGAGCAGCGUGAGCGACACGCUCAUCUUCAUAUUCCUGGGCAUGUCGACGGUGGCCGGGGAUCAUGAAUGGAACUGGACCUUUGUCAUCAUGACUGUCAUUCUCUGCUUGGUUGCCCGUGUUCUGGGUGUCAUCGGCUUGACCUUCAUCAUCAACAAGUUCCGUAUCGUGAACCUGACCACUAAGGAUCAGUUUAUCAUAGCGUACGGUGGUUUGAGAGGAGCGAUCGCCUUCUCGCUGUGCUACCUCCUCGACCCUGUUCUCUUUCCCAGGAAAAACAUGUUCCUCACUGCCAUCAUCACCGUCAUCUUCUUCACUGUGUUUGUGCAGGGUAUGACCAUCCGACCUUUGGUUGACCUCCUGGCUGUCAAGAAGAAACAGGAAACGAAGCGAUCUAUUAAUGAAGAGAUUCAUACGCAGUUCUUGGACCACCUGCUAACAGGCAUCGAGGACGUAUGUGGACAUUAUGGACAUCAUCACUGGAAGGACAAGCUGAAUCGCUUCAAUAAGAAGUACGUGAAGAAGUGUCUGAUAGCAGGCGAGCGCUCCAAAGAACCACAGCUGAUUGCCUUCUACCAUAAGAUGGAGAUGAAGCAAGCUAUCGAGCUGGUGGAGAGUGGUGGGGGUGCUAAACUUCCCUCUGCCCUGCCAUCCACAGUCUCCAUGCAAAACAUCCAGCCCAAAAAGCCUCCUCAUGAGAGAGCUCUGCCUCAACUCACUAAAUCUCGUGAGGAGGAGAUCAGGAAGAUCCUGCGCACAAACCUGCAGAGAACACGCCAGAGACUGCGCUCUUAUAACAGACACACUCUGGUGGCUGAUCCGUAUGAGGACGGCUGGAACGAGAUCCUCAUCAAACGCAAGAAAAUGAUGGAGCUGGAGAAGAAGAUAUCACAGAUGAACAAUUACCUCACUGUUCCGGCUCCACCCCCUGAUUCACCGACCAUCGCACGAGCACGACUCUCUUCUGACCCUCAAGCGUGGGGCAUCAAGCCUGUCAAGGAGAGCAUCCCCACGAUUAAGGUGGAUCUCGCCUCACCUCAGAGCCCAGAGUCCCUCACUAUGGUGGACGAACUGAGCAAGAAGAGUAGCACGCAGAAGGACAACGAGGAAGAGGGUGGUCUGAUGAUGAAACCACCCCCUCCUGCAGAGAGAAAAGACAAGACAGGCGAAGAGGACGAUGGUAAAGAGCCACAGCGCCUCAUGCGCUGUCUGAGCGACCCGGGCCCCAGCGCCGAAGAGGAAGAAGAGGAUGAGCCCUUCCUCCCCUGAGAAAGCGAACGUAUGAAUGAACCACAACUGUCUCCUUGACGACAGAGGAGACGCUACGGUGUUUGCGUUUCUCUGGAGGAUUAGUAAACUGCUGUAAAAUGGAGGACAGGUUUAUUCAGCAGGACGCCAAAAACGAGAAAAUCAGGAAAACAAAACGGAAGAGGAGAGAUCAAAAAAGCAAUUUUUUUUACAUUGUCAUUAUCCUUUUCAUUUUUCAUGGAAUUGUUUCCCUAAAGGUACAAAUUCUGUCAUUAUUUACUCUCCCUCCUGUAGUUUCAAAUACGUAUGCUGUUUUUUAUUUUUAUAUACUUUUUGAAGAAUAUUUGUGCAACUUUCUUCCAUACAACAACAACAGUUUAUAGUAACCACAUCUGUCAAGCUCUCAAAAGUACGAAACCACUAUAAAAGUAGCAUAAAACUCCAGAUAACAUAUGCGCCAUAUUGCAAACCUUUUUUUAAAGCCCUGCUAUAGAUUUUUGUGAGAAAAAGUCCAAUAUUUAGGCCGUUAUUCAGUGAUUUUCACACAUUAGUCAUGUAUAAUUGAACUCAUCAAUCGCAUUUGGCUGUAACACGCAAGAAAAAGAACACAAAACACUAUAAAAGUACCAUACAACUCCAUACAACGUGUGCCCCAAAAUACAAAUCUUUUUAUAAAGACUUGCAGUAGUUGUGUGUGAGGAGCAGGCUGAAAUUUAGGUGGUUAUUCAGCGAUAUUCACACGUCAGUCGUGCAUAUUUGAACUUGUGUGUUGCAUUUGACUACGACACACAAGACAAAAUACAGAACAAUUAUAAAAGUAUCAUAAAUUUCCAAUCAAUGUGUGCAAAAUUCAGAGUUUUCUAGUUGCGUAUAUUUGAACUCGUUUCAUAAAGAAAUACAAAACCACUAUAAAAGUAUCAUAAAACUCAUAUUCCGAAUCUUUUUAUACGAUAGUUUUGUGAGGAACAGGCCAAAAUUUAAGUCGCUAUUCAGUGAUUUUCACGCGUUAAGUCACGUAUAUUUGAACUUGUACAUCGCAUUUGGCUACAACACGUAAGAAAAAAAUGCAAAAACAUUUUUAAAAGUACCAUACAUUUCCAUACAACGUGUGCGCAAUAUUUGAAUCUUUUUACGAAGCCUUACGAUAGUUUUGUUCGAGAAACAGACCGAAAUUUAGGUCGUUAUUCAGUGAUAUUCGCACAUCAGUCGCGCAUAUUUCAACUCGUCUGUCGCAUUUUACUAUGCCACGCAAUAAAAAAAAUGACAAAAGUACCAUAAAUUUCCAUACAACGUGUGCGCAAUAUUUGAAUCUUUUUACGAAGACUUACAAUAGUUUUGUUCGAGAAACAGACCGAAAUUUAGGUCGUUAUUCAGUGAUAUUCGCACAACAGUCGCGCAUAUUUCAACUCGUCUGUCGCAUUUUACUAUGACGCAAUAAAAAAAUUACAGAACCACUUUAAAUGUACCAUCAAUUUCCAUACAACGUGUGAGCAAUAUUCAAGUGUUCUUAUGAAGCAUUACGAUUUUGUUUGAGGAACAGACCAAAAUUUAAGUCGUUAUUCAGUGAUUUUCACGCGUUAGUUGCAUAUAUUUGAACUUGUGUGUAACAUUUGGCCACAACCUUAAAAAAAUACGAAACCACUAUGAAAGUAUCAUAAAACUCAUAUUCCGAAUCAUUUUAUACGAUAGUUUUGUGUGAGGAACAGACCAAAUUUUAAGUCGUUAUUCAGUGAUUUUUACGCGUUAGUCGCUUGUAUUUGAACAAGUGUGUUGCAUUUAGCCAUGACAUGCAAGAAAAAAAUACAAAUCCACUAUAAAUGUUCCAUACAUUUCCCUACAAUGUGUGCGCAAAAUUCCAAACCUUUUGUAUAAAGCGAUAGUGUUGUUUGAGGAACAGGCUGAAAUUUAGGUACCGACCGAUCACAUUCAGUGAUGUUCAUGCGUAAGUCGCGUAUAUUUAAACUCGUAUGUCGUAUUCCGCUAUGGCACGCAAGAAAAAAAUGCAAAACCACUUUAAAAGUACCAUACAUUUCCAUUCAACGUGUGCGCAAUAUUCAAAUCUUUUUACAAAGCCUUACGUUAGUUUUGUUCGAAGAACAGACCGAAAUUUAGGUCAUUAUACAGUGAUAUUUACACAUCAGUCACGCAUAUUUGAACUCGUCUGUUGCAUUUUACUAAGACACACAAUUAAAAAAAUUACAAAACCACUUUAAAAGUACCAUAAAUGUCCAUACAACGUGCACGCAAUAUUUGAGUCUUUUUACAAAGCCUUACGAUAGAUUUGUGUGAGGAACAGACCAAAAUCUAGGCCGUUAUUCAGUGAUAUUCGCACAUCAGUCGCGCAUAUUUCAAAGUACCAUAACACUCAAAACAACGUGUGCGCAAUAUUCCGAGUCCUCUUACGAAGCCUUAUGAUAGUUUUGUGUAAGGAGCAGAUCGAAGAUUUUCAGUGACAUCAGAAGAUUUUGAAUGUAGCGCAAAAACCAUAGAAACUAAUUUUAUGUACUUUUAUUGCAUUUUUUUUUUUUUUUUUUGGAGCUUGACGGGCUGUUGUUGUAUGGAAAAGAGCUGCGUUACGUUUCUCUCUAAAAAAUGAUCCUGUUAUGUUUCACAUACAAAAUAACAGCAUUCAGGUUUGCAGUGACAUGAGAGUGAGUAAAUAAUGACAAAAUUUAGAUUUUGGGGUGAACUAUUACAUUAAAGCUAAAGCUGUGUCCUAACCAGCUGCAACCACGUCGAGCAACUGGGUAGCUCUGCCCACUGUGAAAUCUCAUUGGUCCAAAAACCCGCUCCACGUAUUGAUAUAUUAAACAUCAAAAAUGUUCUGAUUGGCUGUGAUUGUGUCAUGUUGCAUUUUCACGUUUAUGUGGACAGACUUGUUGCAUCACACCUGGUUAGGACACCGUGUAAGUAAAUAUCGCCGCACCUUUACCUUUGAAUAAAUAAAAUAAAAAAUGAAGGGAACCGAUCUAUGCAUUACCAAAGGACAACACCGUUUAGUCUCGCACUAUAUUCAGGUCUAUUGCUUUUUUUGUUUUCCUUUUUCCUUUUAAAGCAUUGAUGUUUUUAUUCAGUUUGUGCACACGAAUUGCCUUUUUUGUUUUCGCGAUGAGGCACGCAGGUGUCACUAGUCAUUGUUUACCUCUAGGGGUUUUACACCUGUUUAUCAGGAGCAAUAUGAAACCGGUCACAUUAUGGCCUUUCCUAUAUUUAUCAGUCAGAUGGUGCGUAUUUACACUGGCUUAUUAUUCUGUUGACGCUAUGUGUCUGGCUUUCACACGUUAUUAUGACGUCAUCAGACCACUCUGAGGAAAAAGUAAAUAUUCAUUGUGACUGCACAAAAGGAUGUACAAAUAAAUAGGCUAAAUGUAUUCUGAAAUCCAAAACAAUCACACCAAAAUAUAGUUAAUUUUAGCUGCUAAGGUGAUUCCAGACUGAAUGAGUAAUUUGAACUGUUUAGACUGUGUUUGCUUGUACUUUAUGAAACAUCAAAGAUAUUCCCUUUAAAUGCACUCAAGCGCUUUCAAGUGAUCGGUAAUGACCACUUUGAAAAAGAUCUGGACCAUCGUAUCUGCAAACUUCGAUUUAAAGGUAUAAUUCUGUCAUUAUUUACUCGAGCUCAUUUAAUUCCAAACCUGUUUGUUCUUAUUUUUUCUACGGAACACCGUAGAAAAGUACUUUUAUGUUGCUCUUUUCCAUACAAGUGCUUUAAUUGCCAACAAAAUAUCAUAAAUGUAUCAUAAAAGUAGUCCGUGUGACUCAUGCAUUAUACUGUAAAUCAUGUCAUAGCUUUGGGUUAGAAACAGCCCCGAAUUUAAGUCUUUAUUCACUGAAAAUCUUUCUACUAGAGCUCUCGAUUCUAUUCUCGAUUUGAGAGCUCUGUCAGAUGGAGAAGAUAUUUAGGGCAUGUCUUCUUAAAUUCGGUUCUGUUUUUAUUCAAAGCUAUCAUUUAUUUUAGACUUGGAAAAAUGACACGCGUGUGAGUAAAUAACAACAGGUGAACUAUUCCAAGCAGUCGACACUUUCACGAAACCCUUCACCAGGUAGCUCUGUAGCCAUACAUGUUUAUAUAUUAAUUUUUUACUGCAAGCAUGGUAAAAAAAAAAAAACACCAUGGUGGUGCACAGUGUUCAUGAAUGUUGAUUUGCAUUACACGACCCCAAAUAGUUUGAUUGUAUCCUGGAAGAACUAUGCAGAGUCGCUGGAGUUAAAGAAGAGGUCUUAUUACACCCGUACAUUGAAUUAUUCCCUUAAAACCUUUGCACCAUGAGUAUAACAACACUAUCCUUUGAUUCUCCACCGAUACGAGAGGACAUUUGCGCAAGUUCAAGACAUUGUCCUGCUCUGUCGGUGCACUGCCUAUUUUAAAAAUGAAUCAAAGAAAAUACUAGAUUGCAUGCACAGAGAGUAGAUUAGACUUAUUUUAAUGUGAGAAAACAUGAUAUCUAUAUAUUUUAUGUGAGCUCUGUUGAUGUCUAUAGUCUGCUUUGAAGUAUUACAAUGCUAAUGAUAAAUUAUUUUCCCUCUUAAAAACUUUCUGUGCUAGUUUUGGACUUGUCGAGUGCUUCUUUGGCCUUUGAAAAGAGAGGACAUCCUCUUAUUUGGCCUUUUUGGUUAACUUGCUAAGGAGCUACGCAAAUUGUACUGCAAAAAGUGUACUUUUCUUAAUCAGUAUUUUUGUCUUGUUUACUAUCUAAACAUCGUAAAAACAAGACUACAUACAGUUGUGCUCAAAACUUUGCAUACCCUGGUAGAAAUUGUGAAAUUUUGGCAUUGAUUUUGAAAAUAUGACUGAUCAUGCAAAAAAAAAAAAAAAAAAA